UGGGAGAGCAGACCCUGGGCGCCGCUGUUGUCUGUGCCAUAGGCGAGCAGUCUUCGCGGGCUGCUCCUGUCAAUGGCGCUAGUGCACAAGGAAGAGGCGGGCGUGUAGGAUCAGUGAGCAAUGCAAUAGCUGUUGUGGAGGCGCUGGGAAAUGUAGUUGUUCAGGCACUAGGUGCCUAG